AUGUUGCUCUCCAUGGACAUCAUGAAGGUGCGGGACUGGACCUAUCUCGAAGAUCCCCCGCAGGACAUUGGCCCGGCUCGACACCUCCUCGAGGUCUACAGCAAGAUCCCCUACCAUGAUCUCGACGAUCACAUCCGUCGUGUUCGAGAGAAGGCAUGGUGCAUCUCCCAGUACCCAUGUGUUGGCCGAUGGAAAUUUCUCUACAUCCUAGAUCCCCAGGACCCUCGCUAUCAACAGGUCCUCUUCCGUCUCAACGUCGCGGGCUCUCGUGAUGUUCUCCUCGACCUAGGCUGUGGUGUCGGCCAAGUCAUCCGACAGUUUCGUGCCGACGGCACCAGGGGCUCCCAGCUAAUCGGUACCGAUUUGCAAUCCAAGUUCAUCGAUAUUGGUUACGACCUCUUCCAAGAUCGAUCAACCCUUGGGGCCACCUUCGUUGCCGGCGACAUGUUGGAUCCCGACGAUAAGCAGCUGGCCAGCCUACGCGGCAAGGUCACCAUCGUUCACGCCGGCAGCUUCUUUCAUCUGUUCAACUGGGUCCAACAACUCUACAUGGGCAAACGUUUGGUCGAGUUUAUCAAGCCCGGAACGCGAAACGCAUUGAUCUACGGCCGUCAGGUCGGCAGCAACAACCCAGGAGCAUCCAUGAACAGCGCUCGAUCAGCAUACCUCCACGACCAGGCCAGCUUCCAACGCCUCUGGGACGAGGUUGGAGCACUCACAGGGACCCGCUGGCAAGUUCAACUCGAAGCCACAGGCGAACCAGCCUCCAAGCUGCCGGGCUUCAACCACAACACGUUCCCCGUGAACUUCACCAUCUACCAGGUCUCUUGA